CAGAGCUUACCGUGGCCAUCUUCCCUCCAAAUCAAAACCAGUUCGGGCCAAAUGGUAAACGUUUUUCUGACUCGUUCACUCUUUCUCAAAACAAAACCCUAAAUUUCUGUCCCUUUCUCGAGAAAAUCCAAGUCGGAAAGGAUAUCAGAAGAAGUAAUGAAGGGAGGCACAGUACAGAUAAAUUGGCACGAUACAAAACCAGUUCUAACCCUAGACUUCCAUCCCAUUUCUGGUCUACUUGCCACAGGCGGCGCUGACUUCGAUAUCAAGCUUUGGCUGAUAAACUCUGGCCAGCAGAAGAAAAUCCCAACAGCAUGUUACCAAAACAGUCUUUCUUACCAUGGGUCCGCAGUUAAUAUUCUCCGUUUCUCUCCAAACGGAUGCCCGGUCAGCAACCCCGAUGAAUCAGGACGCGUCGCGUGGCAGCGGACGCUAACGCGGUGCCACAUGGGAGGCUACACGGGCGAUCCGCGUGCCCGCAAUUGGACGACCUAGAUCCGUUCCCGUGCACACGAACGGCUCGUAUGCGUUCCCUUCCCAAACGCGAUCGGAUGGUCAGAUUUAAAUGGGAUCAGACAGUUCAGAUUAGAUCGUGAUGAACGCCCAGAUUUACUCGUUAUUUAAUCGCGAUCGAAUGGUUCAAAUCAAACGCGAUGGACGA